GCCGAUCGCUCAGUUUGUCGGCCCUUUUUGGAAUCUCGGCCCGUCGUUACCUACCACGUACCACGCAAAAGGGCCGCUCGGGUCCAUUCACACUCUCACAUUCAGCCUCUCAUCUACGCGAGAAAAUCGUACAGACGAGCCUACGUUGGCUGGAUUUACCGCUGUUUCAAGAUGGGCGUCGAUAUCUCCGACUAUUUGGUUACCGACGACCUGACUGUUCUGCUUGGUCUCAUUGCAGCAACCGUCUUUCUGCUGCACAACUUCUACAAACCUCAGCCGCUAGUGCACCCUAUCCUUCUCGGUCGCCAAAGUGAUGUUGCUCGUGUCAGGAAUCCGGGAGAAAGUGCUGUAUACAGGAACUAUGGGACUGGACUGAUGGGAAGGUUUCCUCUGCGGCCCACAAAGGAUGUACACAUUCUCAGUGACCUGGUCAAGCCAGACCAUGAUGCGCCUCGUACUCUUUGGAACACCAAGAUUACUAACCCCGGCUUACAAGACCGCGUCGCGGCUUUUGGGACUGGUCUACUGCGAUUGACCGGUAUACAAUCCCAGGAAUCUAACGUCCUUCUCCUACUCAAUGACUCGCUUGAAUUCAUUAUCAGUGACAUGGCGCUUGCUAUGCAUUCCAUUCCGUCGUUCACAAUUGCUGCUGCAAACCUUCUCGCUGGAAUCCUGGAAUCUCAUCCACCCACAGUCAUUGUCACCCAUGCCGAGUUACUUCUUCAAUUGCUCGAGUUGAUUUAUGAUGCGGGAGAGAGCGGCCAACAUCACACUAUCAUUAUUGUUGGUGAACCAAGCCCUCAAGCCAUGGCUCGCGUCGCGAGUAAGGUUAAGGUUCUGAAAUGGGAAGACGUCGAGCGCGAAGGUGUGAAGACAGAGAAAAUUCUUAGUCCGGUACCCAAACCCAGCGAUGUUUUUACUGUGUCCUUCUUUGCCAAUGGAAAUGGUCAGAUGCAAGGGGCUCAACUCACCCACGAGAAUAUUACGGCAGGCGUCGCGGCCAUUCGCGCAUUGCUGCCUGCAUCCCACCCCCUCUCGCCUCUGGACACUAUUGUUUCUGCACAUUCCCUGAGUACAGCAUACGGUCGUGCUAUCGCUUAUGCUGCCAUUUUUGAAGGCACUAGUUUCGCGACACUGCAUAGUUCGAAGCUUUUUACAUUUAGCGACACUGCUGCGAAAGCUGAUGUUGCGGAUGUCGCGACUCUUAAAAAUUACCCAAUUCCUUCUCCCACUGUCCUGUUCAUCAAACCUGGUCAUCUCGAAACCCUAGUAUCUUCCAUUCUUGAUCGUGCGAAAAAAGCAUCCCUGAUCUACCCAUUCGCAUGGAGACACAAAAUUUCUGGGAUCGCGGAAGGGUUCUUGACUAAAGACAGCUUAUGGGACCGGCUCGUAUUUGACAAUGCUAGGGCGAAGGUUAUCGGUGAUGCUGCCGGCACUCUUGCAGCAGUUGUUGUAAGCGGAGGGCCUAUCUUAUCCGACCUUCUUACGCCGGCGCGGGUCGCAUUCUCGACGGCAUUUGUCAAUGCUUUCACGCAUCCACUUGUCGCAGCGCCUGUUUUUGCUUCUCAUCCCCUAGAUCUUCAAGAUUUCCCUGCCGCAUCACCUGCAGCGCAUGUGGGACCUCCCAGCAUCAACAUCGAAGCUCGACUUUUAGGCGUGUCUGAUGAAGACAUUGCCAAAGACGGUGAUCCGGAGGGUGCACUCCUGGUCCGCGGACCACCGGUGGGUAAGCUGUUAGGUGGUGUUGAGGACUACGUGGAUGUACGAAGCGGGGGAAGUAACGGAAGCAGUACCGAAGAGGAAGAUGGCUGGGUCGGUGCUGGUGUCAGAGCGAGGGUACAGACCAAUGGAUCAUUCCUUGUAUUGUGAUUGGUAUACAAACAGUUUCAAUAUUAAUAGAGUCACUAUGAAUCUGGG